AUCCGACAUGUGUUGUAUUAAUUUGUAUCUGCGUUUUGUAGCUUGAGGUACUGUACACGGAGAAGUUGUACAUAAAAUAGUACCUACCUUUGUGAAGUUAUGCCAGGAAGUGAUUGGUGCGUCAUGAUUUAUGUUUAACAAUAUUUCAUUCUUGUGGGCACAUGAAACAAUGUUCGUUGUUAUUUCAGUUCGCGUAUUCGCAAUGGCUUUUAUCUUAACGGAUUAGUGAAGUGAACACAUUUCAUAAUCGGAGGUAGAAAUCACACAACGGAUUAUCUGUUUGAGCUUUGUGGAAAUGUGUUUUUAAAUAUCACCGGAUACAACGACGCAAUUAUUUUUAGUUAAAUUGACGUAAGACUAACAGUAUAUUACCCUACUAUUUAAUGUAGGCACUGACGCUCUACUUCAACCAAAUAAACGCAUGAAGUUGCUUUCCCUGAAUCUUGUACUGGAUGACGUGGCUAAUCUCUGUGCAUUGAGUUUAAAAAUUUCCUUUUGGAGACAGUGGAAAGCACAACUAUUUUCUCGUAAAUUUCUAUUAUGAAACUAUUUCUUGCAUGUUAGACUCUGAGAAAGCUCCCCACUUUUCGGAUCUUCGGAACGAAAACUUACGGAGAGGUGACGAUAUCAUCAUCAUGCCUCGUAAAUUCAUCAAGAAGCUGUUGAUCUUCGUGCUGUUCGCCUGCUCCGCCGUCGCGUUGUACCUGGUGCUGUUCGCCAGCCACAAGGGAAACGUUAACGCUGAGUGGAACGCCAUCAUAGAGAAGCUCAAAGUUGAGGCGGCCUCCCACGAGAAGACCACCGACCGAGAGAAUCAAAGACGAAAAGGUAACGACAAGGCACCAAAUGUUCCUUUAGUUAUGACUGCUGAGACUUAAAACAUUAAAAUGCUCAGCAGAUUGAACAUUGUAGCCCUCUUUUGUUAAUAAAUCGUCUAUUACAGUGUUUCUCACCCCUCCUAAUGCCGCGACCCCUUAAUACAGUUCCUCAUGUUGUGGUGACCCCCAAACAUAAAAUUAUUUUAGUUGCUACUUCUAAAAUAUGUUUUCCGAUGGUCUUAGGCGACCCAUGUGUAAGGAUCGUUCAACCCCCCCCCUCCAAAAAAAAAAGGGAUUGCGACCCACAGGUUGAGAAUCGCUGCUCUAUUAUAUUUUAUGUAGUCGGUAGAUUUACUUUAAUAUUGCUGUUCGCAAAAACAUUUUUAUUUAGUACUGUACCUUACUCAGUUAUUGACAUUAACAAAGUUCUUGAAUAUUCCGCCAGGUGAUGAACUUAUGAACGAAGGCAACGUUGGCCCACCACCUCUCAUGGUGGAGCCCGAUGCUGACAAUGACAGGAGGAUCCCCGAGAGGCCGGCGAUGGGAAGAGAGGACGAGGAGUAUGAAUAUGACGUAGAGAGAGAAGACGUGAGGGGGGGAAAAUCGAGCUAUAGAGGGAAAGUACAACAGGACGACCAUGAUCGUUUUAGAGUGGAUCCAGAUAGGGACAACGAUGGCGAUGGCAGAGGGGAUGACGACGCAGAAGAAGUUUCGGACACUGAUAAAAAUGAUGAGCGAGAAAGACAAGAUGUCAUUGUAGAUCGUUUAAAUGAUGAGGGCGCUGCAGCUGACGUGGUGGACAGGGUCAAGGCCGAUAAAAUCAAUAUCCAGGCCACUGUGCCGAGAGAAUUUCUCAUCACCAAUGACAAGGGUGAGGUGAUUGAGGAGAAGCUGUUUGAAGGGGGAAUCAACCAUUUGUUAAAGAAACGCCCCCUGGAUGACGGAAGUCGACGUGGGGAAAACCAAGACAAGGGAGACGAUCGAGCCGUAGCCAGAGAAAGGGUUGGGGCAGGCGAACGGUUGAGAAACGAAGAUUUGUUGAAGGGCGUCGCCGUCGCAGACGGUGAGAUUGAUUUGGACAAGAACCUAAAUGGCGAUCGACCAGAUGCCCCUCCCAAUGCAAACCCAUUGGCAUCCGACCAAAACAGAGGGUUAGCUGGGAUUCCAAACGCCAAUGCAUUGUUGAAGGAGCAAGCGGGAAACAAGAUGCAAGGUUUUCGAAAGGAUGGUGCCGCCGAAAACAAGUGGGACGGAAAUGCCUUUGAAAAUGGCAAAGUUGGAGCUAAUAAUAAUAAUGUAAAUAACAACGGUCUUAUGCAAGAUGCAAACAUCAACUUGCAAGCAAACAUUGCCAACGCAGGGGAUGCUCAAAAUGGCGGCUUCAAAAAACCGGAUGUAACCCAAAGGUAUGUGGCAUAUUUAGAAAGGAAUGGGCUACCACCGAAACAAAUUCAAAAAAAUGAGCCGAACGCCCGUUGGGGAAACCCGGUGGAAAUAAAGGGGAUCCCUCAACAAGGAGUCGGCGCCAAUGAGCAAGGACCAGAUCAGAAUAAACCUGUAGGGAAUAUUGACCCUCAGGCGCAACAGCAGCAGCAACAACAAAAAACUGACCAGUUAUUACAGAAAAUAAAAGAUUUACCUCCUCAAAUGAUUGCCGCCAUACUAAAACAGCAACAAGAUAUGAUUCUGCAGGGUCAAGGUCUUCAACAGCCUGAUGUUAAUGAAGCACAGCCUCAACAGGGAAUGGGCGCCAAUGAGCAAGGACCAGAUCAGAAUAAACCUGUAGGGAAUAUUGACCCUCAGGUGCAACAGCAGCAGCAACAACAAAAAACUGACCAGUUAUUGCAGAAAAUAAAAGAUUUACCUCCUCAAAUGAUUGCCGCCAUACUAAAACAGCACCAAGAUAUGAUUCUGCAGGGUCAAGGUCUUCAGCAGCCUAAUGUUAAUGACGCACAGCCUCAAAUGAUGCUGCAAGGCCAAGGUUUUCAACAGCCUGUUGUCGCUGACGCACACCCGCAGCUACCCGAAAACGAGAUUGAACAAAACCAACAAAACCCAAACGACGAUCCCCAGCGGUUAGAGCCAGAAUUUCAGAACCAAGUUGAGAUGAAUCUGAAAAAAUUGCCUCCGAAAAUCUUAGCGCAAGUAAUCAAACAGCAACAAGAGCAACUCCAAAAAGCGCAGAAUGUUCCCAUUGAGCAGGCCGGGGACGGCGCCCAACUCCCGGUGCAGCGAGACAACGCUGAGCAGAGAGACCAGAAUCAACCCGACGCCAAGCCUGAAGCCCGAAAGGAACAACUAUUCAUAGAAGAUCUGUCAGUGCCGUUACCUAUCCAGGUCAAUUGUGUCGAGUUCAGCUUCCCUUCAGGCCGUGGCCCAUUAUGCAUCCACCAGGGGGACAAGGACCCGGACAUGUCGGCCAAAAUCGAGACCAACGGAUCGUACGAGAAGGAUAUCAUGGACCAGUUCACCCACAUCCUGCUGUCAGAUCCUACCCUGGGUUUCAUAGAUAUAGGUGCGGACUUCUUUUCUACUGCCUUCAUUUAUCUUGAACAGUAGUGGGGACCAAGGGCAUUUAAACGUAACACUAAGGGGUGGGACCAAAUAAGAGUGUAGCAUGGUGAUAAGGGGGAGAGGCUGCAAUCAAGUGAGGUAAAAAGAAAUGAGCGAAACAAAUUAUGGGGAAACCUGCAAAUGGUCACAGCAAAGCAACCACCACCUUCAUCAGCGUACACACGGUAAAAACAAAUAAAAUAAGAAUAACACUAAGUGUUAUUCAUGUUUUUAAUGUUGUUUGUACGAUGUUGAAGGCAUCUUGUCGACACGGUCGUUCGUUUUGUUGCGUCCAUUAUCCCCUCAGAUUUUCCCAUACUUUGUUUCGCUCAUUUCCUCAAAGUGUAGUAAGUGGUGGUGGUGGUGGUUGGGGGGGGGCGCUGGGGGAGGAUGGAGCAUAAGUAAAUAAACACUUCUUUGGAUAACGUCAUAAAUCUGUCUUUGCCAGCUUUAUCUUUUGGCCGAACAAUAUAAUCCGCAACCGGUUUUACGAAACAUUUGUAUCAAAAGCCAUUUGCACCAUAAGUGAGUGGCAAGUAGUGACAUUGUCUAAACACCAAAGGCGCGUAUGUUAACUGGUAUACACCAAGUAAGGAUAACUAGUGUUGGAUUGACUGUGAUAGAUCUCAAACAAAGGGCUCGUCCAUUAAUUGCGUCUACAAUUUUAAAGCAAUUUUGACCCCCUCUUCCCCCUUGUCAACAACUGUCAAACUUUCAAUGACCCACCCCCCCCCCCUUAUUUAAUUGUGGCAAUAUUUUAUACUAAAAAAAAAAGAAAAAGAAAAAGGACUUAAAUUCUUUUAUAUUAUAAAUAAAUAAAUAAACAUUGCUUUGUGCUGAUCUAUUUGAAUGACACAAAAUUGUAGGAACAAUUUUUUAUGACAUCUUUAGCCUGUUAAUCAACGAGUUAAAAAGUUUUUACACUUAAAUUUUAUAAUGCGAAAUCAAUUGAAAGUUUGUCAAAGACUAAAUGUCAUUGUUUGUGGUAUAAAUAUGAUUAUUGUCAUUAAGGCUGACAAUUAUAGUAUAGUCUCUAGCUGCUCUCAUCUUCCCAAGGAGACGUUUGCUCUAUCAUACAAAUGGGCAUCAGGGACAUCAUUUGGUUAGGGCAGGGGGCAUUGCCCCCCUACCCUAAUUUGCAGGCUUUAUUUAAAUUGCUUUACUUGUUAUGGCACCUCCAUUAAUAUAAAAGUUAACAACCCUAAUAAUAAGAUAGGUUUUUAUAAUGGGUAACAUGGCUGACAAAAAUGUUAUUCCGUCGUAGGUUCAGGAAUUGGUGUCUACACUAUCGCCGCGGCACUGCUCAAUCGUCAAGUGUUGUCUGUGGAGCCGUUGUUCAGGAACUACAGACUCAUUCAUAAAAGUGCACUGGAAAACAAUGUGAGACCCCAUAGUGUUAUAAUGUAUGUGCAUACAUAUACGGCCAACAAUGUGAGAUCCCUUUAUGUUAUAAUGUCUGUGCUAUUUUAUACGGCCAACAGUGUGAGACCCCUUUAUGUUAUCAUGUCUGUGCUAUUAUAUACGGCCAACAGUGUGAGAUCCCGUUAUGAAAACGUGUUUGUGUUAUUAUAUACCGCCAACAAUGUGAGAUCCCUCUAUGAUACAAUGUCGUUGUUAUUAUAUACUACCAUAAUCAUUGCACCAAAUUUUUAAACAUUUAAUGAAAAUGAAAUGGAACAAAACCUUUUAUCUUUCACAUAAACUUUCAAAUAAUACAUUUGCUUAAACUAGUAAAAUGAAACGUGCACACAUUGCCUCAGUUUACUAGAAUAAAAAACUGUUGCAGCCCUUAUUUUUUUAAAACCUAAUAAUAGCAUGCAUGUUAGAAUGAUUAUUUUAAAAAAAACUGUGUUUACAUUCUGUUGUUUCAAAGAUUGUACCAUAAUGCUUUGGUCUUAAAUGUUUAUGUUUGGGGAAUGAAAUACGAAUUACAAAGUAAAUGAUUGUUACGCUAUUGGACUACGUGACAUAACUGUAUCUGCAAUUCAUGCAGGUCUACGGUAAAAUAUUACUCGUCACUAUGGCGCUAGACAACGAGUCCUAUGUAGGUCACAUGUCCUACACAGAUACUGGAGGGUACAGCAAAGUCCUCAUCACCAGGCUGACCCAGGAUAGGAUACAAGACCGGGCUAAUGUUGGUGAGUAGGAACCUGGGGGAAGGGGGUCAUUGGGGUCACGGAAGAACGUCGUGGAGGUCAGCAGGGCCAUGGACAUCAGGCGAGUCGUAUGCAGUUAAGUCCAUGGAGGUUAGUAGGGUCAUUGAGGUUAGAAUGGUCUUGUAGUACAGUAAGGUUAUUUAGGUUAAGUAGGGUCAGGGGCGUCAGUAGGUUCAUAAGGAUUAUGGAGGUUAGUAAGGUCAUGGAUGUUAGUAAGGUCAUGGAUGUAAGUUAAGACACGGAUGAGAGUUAAGUCGCAGAGGUAAGUAAGGUCAAGGAGGUUAGUAAGGUCACGGAGGUUAGUAAGGUCAUGGCAGUGGCGUUGGAAGGGGGUGCGGUCCGCCCAAAGGCAUACAUUUUUUCUUUAAACGGAGAGGAGGCCUUUUCGGCCCACUGCAGAGUUGGUUUUUGUUUUCGUGGAAAGGGGGUGGAAAAAUCUUGACCCACCCUUGGAGGCAUUAAACCUAGCUAUGCCCAAUCUUGACCCACCCUGGGAGGCACUAAACCUCGCUAUGCCGAAUCUUGACCCACCCUGGGAGGCACUAAACCUAGCUAUGCCAAAUCUUGACCCACCCUGGGAGGCACUAAACCUAGCUAUGCCAAAUCUUGACCCACCCUGGGAGGCACUAACCCUAGCUAUGCCAAAUCUUGACCCACCCUGGGAGGCACUAAACCUAGCUAUGCCAAAUCUUGACCCACCCAGGGAGGCACUAAACCUAGCUAUACCAAAUCUUGACCCACCCUGGGAGGCACUAAACCUAACUAUGCCGAAUCUUGACCCACAAAUCUUGACCCACCCUGGGAGGCACUAAACCUAGCUAUGCCAAAUCUUGACCCACCCUGGGAGGCACUAAACCUAGCUAUGCCAAAUCUUGACCCACCCUGGGAGGCACUAAACCUAGCUAUGCCAAAUCUUGACCCACCCAGGGAGGCACUAAACCUAGCUAUGCCAAAUCUUGACCCACCCUGGGAGGCACUAAACCUAGCUAUGCCGAAUCUUGACCCACCCAGGGAGGCACUAAACCUAGCUAUGCCGAAUCUUGACCCACCCAGGGAAGCACUAAACCUAGCUAUGCCGAAACUUGACCCACCCAGGGAGGCAAUAAAUCUAGCUAUGCUAAAUCUUGACCAACCCUGCGAGACACUAAACCUAGCUAUGCCAAAUCUUGACCCGCCCUGGGAGGCACUAAACCUAGCUAUGCCAAACCUUGACCCACCCUGGGAGGCACUAAACCUAGCUAUGCCAAAUCUUGACCCACCCUGGGAGGCACUAAACCUAGCUAUGCCGAAUCUUGACCCACCCUGGGAGGCACUAAACCUAGCUAUGCCGAAUCUUGACCCACCCAGGGAGGCACUAAACCUAGCUAUGCCGAAUCUUGACCCACCCAGGGAAGCAAUAAACCUAGCUAUGCCGAAACUUGACCCACCCAGGGAGGCAAUAAAUCUAGCUAUGCUAAAUCUUGACCAACCCUGCGAGACACUAAACCUAGCUAUGCCAAAUCUUGACCCUCCCUGGGAGGCACUUAACCUAGCUAUGCCAAAUCUUGACCCACCCUGUGAGGCAGUAAACCUAGCUAUGCCAAAUCUUGGCCCACCCAGGGAGGCACUUAACCUAGCUAUGCCGAAGCUUAACCCACCCAGGGAGGCACUAAACCUUAAGCUACGCCGAAGCUUGACCCACCUUGGGAGGCACUAAACCUUAAGCUAUGCCGAUGCUUGACACACACUGGGAAGCGCUACAAUUUUCUAUAACACUGUAUAUGAGUGAAUUGGAAAUAUUAAAACGAACUUUGGGGGAAAAAGGUGAGUUGUUAUAAGGUGGCAAUUUACUUGAGCAAAUUCUCAUUUAUUUCUAGCUUCCAGUAACUGUCAACUGUCCUUGUGGAUUAUGUAAAAAUAAAGGUUUAAAGAUAUUUACGUUAUUUUAUUUCCAGAGCUAAAGGUUAAAAUAUAUUUACAGUAUUAUAUUUUUAGAGUUAAAGUUUUAAAGAUAUUUACAAUAUUAGAGUUCAAGCGUGUAAGGUCACAUGUCACUUUCUAAAUGUUUUCUCUUCCAAAUAUUAAUGUGUGCGUGAAGCUAAUGUGUUGUGACUUUCCCUUUGAUCUAGUCCACGUGACCACAUUAAACAACCUGGCCCAGUCUGCACCCACCAAACGUGCCCUCAUGAAACUGGACGUUAGCGAUGGAUUGGAAGUGAGGAUCCUACAGGCUGGUUAGUUAUGCUCUUGAUAUCUGAGGCUACUUUUGAGAUCUUCCUCUUUUUUUUCAUAAUAUAUUCAUCAGCUUAAUCUACAUUCUAUAGACUUUGUGCUUCACUUAUCAAAAUUACAUUUUUCCAUAACCUUCUUGAUCAAUUCAACAACCAUUUACUAUUCAACAAAAGUUUAAAACUAAAUUUUUUGCUAAAAAGUGUUAAGCGUUUAAAUGUCAAAAUUAUCUUGCUUGGAAGUGGAUUGUCCAUUGGAAAUAUCCAUGAAGACAGUGCCUUUCAUCGAACAAUUUUCGAUAGAGUUCUUUCGUACAAAUUUCCGGACACGAAUCUGCCCUCAUUUCUGGGAACCCUGCUGAUAUUUGGUCUGCCUUAAUUUCUAGGGAACCCUGCUGAUAUUUGGCCUGCCUUAAUUUCUAGGGAACCCUGCUGAUAUUUGGUCUGCCUUAAUUUCUAGGGAACCCUGCUGAUAUUUGGUCUGCCUUAAUUUCUAGGGAACCCUGUUACAAGUUACAGCUUAAUGGGUAGUAGUAGUUAUAUACCAUUGUAACGCCUUGAUGCUAGGCCAAAAUGGCUAUUAAAAUCAGAACUAUUUUAAGGACCGCAAACGACAUGGUGUGCUAAUCUAAAAGAAUUUAAAAAUAAAUUACACUAAUUUUGCUUUACACAUUUAGACUAAUAUUAUAUUAAAAAUUUAGAAUAAUGUUAUACUACAUAUUUAGACGAUUAUCGCCUAACAUGUCUCAUUUCAUCGACAUUCAUUGACCAUCCAAGUGACCACACCACCCGUUGUUAACCACAUGUCUUCCCACCCCCCCCCCCCCCCCCCCCCCCCCCCCCCCCUCCCCCCCCCCCCCCCCCCACCACACCCCCCGUUGUUAACCACAUGUCUUCCCACCCCCCCCCCCAACAGCUGACCAAUUCUUCAGUGCGGUCACCGUGCCCCACAUCAUCACCCACUGGUCCCGAUCUGCUGGGCCGGACAAACACGAGGCACUUCACGCACAGCUCACGGGCCUGGGCUACCAACCUAAACAGGCGUGGAACGGGGCAGUGGUCAACAAGGAGUUCUUGAGCAAUGACGUAGCCUACAUUGUAUGGAGCAAGCAGCUAUGAUGACUGGAGACUGAAAACUUCACUAUGUGGACUAGAGUCUGGAGUCUGGAGACUGGAUCCUACAGUAUGUUAAAUUGAGUCUGGAGACUGGAGCCUUCAGUAUGUGGACUGGAGACGAGAGCCUUCGCUAUCUGGACUAGAGUCUGGAGCCUUCAGCUCGGACAGUUUUCAUAUAUUAUUUUAUCUAACAUUAUCACGGUAAUUUUUGCUAUACUUCCGGGGGAGAGCGCUGUUUGGGAUCUCGAAAAAUGUGUUUUGUCAUUCAUAAUCUGUGCAUUUAUAUAUUUUUUAAUUGCUAGCUUCGUGUUCGUGCGUCAUUGGAAAGUAAGGAACCACAAAUUAUUGCUUAAAGUUCUCACCAACUAAUUACUAAAGAGAAUCAUAACUCAAUAUCCGUAACCGUUUCUUAAACUUAUAAACGCAGAACACAGGAAAUGUUUGAUUAAAUUUAAUUUAAAUUCAAUACCCGUGUAUCGCAAUGAUUAUCGUGUUUUAUGAUUGUCGUGUUUUACGAUUAUCGUGUUUUAUGCCUGUUGACUGCCGUUUCAUUAAUCAUUCAAGGAUAAUUAAGCAAAAUUAUGUUGGGAAAAGUUUUUUGAAGAAUCGUCUCAGCGACCCAUUUCUAAUCAGUCUUCAAAUUUUCAUUUAACUAAAGUAUUUAAAAUAGAAUUUGUAUUAUAUUAACCUGUCAUUGAAAGUGGAUUUAGCAUGUGUGAAGACUGUGAGUCUUUAAACAUAAAAAAAAAAAUGUAGUUCAAGUAUUGUAAUGAAAACUGACGACGG